CACGCCAUUCCCCAAACCCGGCGUGCCCCGUCUCCUGCUUCUCGUCCCUGCCGCUCAGUUUCGAUGGUGAAGACACAUCUGACAUAGUACUAGAAGAGCGUCAGUCUCACUGGCUUCCCCUCUCUCUUUGUUACAUUCAGCAACGUAAACCACAACUCAAGCCUGGCUUCUUUCAUCUCCUCCCUUAUCAUGCCUUUCUCCGAUAUGGGUACCUAACUGGGUGCGCUCCCGGCGCAGUCUAUGCCCCCGUCCGCAUAACAUACCAUAUUACGUCCUGCUCGGUGCUCGAGACCCUUCAACCAUGACCGUUGCUCAUGUCACCCGGAAGCUGAAAAAUGCUGCACGAAUCAUCCUUGUCGGAGCCCCUGGAGUGGGAAAGGGUACCCAGUCCGAGAGACUUAUGACUCGAUUCCCGCAGUUGGCUUCUAUCGCUACUGGAGACCUCUUGCGCGACCAUGUCAAAAACCAAACCAACUUGGGCCAACAAGCGGAGAAAUACAUGAACUCCGGCGGACUCGUGCCCGACCCUCUGAUCCUCAACCUCAUUCUCACUGAGCUCACCUCUCGAAAAUGGCUAGAGACUAAUGACACCAAUGACAAUAUUGUGGCGGCGCUGGGACGUGGAAACGGGUCCGCCUCUUCGGCUGUUCAAGCAUCCAACAACCCCGACACCUCUUUUAUCCUGGAUGGAUUUCCUCGAACGGCAAGCCAGGCGCAGGCAUUGUCCCACCUCCUCCCCAUCAAUCUCGUUUUCCACAUUGUUACACCUGUGGACAUUAUCCUCUCCCGCAUGGCAAACAGAUGGACCCACCUGGCGUCAGGGAGAGUUUACAAUGUUGGGUUCAAUGAUCCCAAAGUGGCUGGAAGGGACGAUGUCACGGGCGAGGCUUUGGUACAAAGAGAUGAUGACAGUGAGGACACCUGGAGAAAGCGACUGGCCAAAUUUGAUGAGACGAGUAAGAGCUUACUGGAUUUCUAUCGGAGCAAAGAGGAAGGGUUGGUUGUCAGGGUACAAGGAAAUAGCAGCGACGAGAUCUCCCCCCUGAUAUACGCCGAAAUCGAGGAGCGUUUUGGAUCGUAGUAUGGAAACAUCACCAGCGAGUCUCUUGUGACUCUGGUUUGGACACAACUCAUUUAAUAGAUUUGUCUGUUACCUCGACUGUGAUUUUCCCGACCUCAUUGAAAUCAGAAUGAUCCCUGAAGAUCCGGAUGCCCAGCCAG